GGGAAAUAACCAACUUGCCUCGGAGAUGAGUUCUGAUUGUAUCUCGAGUCCUUACCUCACACCAGACAACUCAUUCUGCCGCCUUUGACCUCACAGCGCAAAUAUGACAUCGGACUUGGAAGUUUUUCUUGAUUUAUUUAAUGCCACCGGAAUACAUAUUCAUGGCUUCCCGAAGUUUCAGGCAGAAAAAGGGUCCGAUGGCGGGGGUCGCCCGAGCUCCGGUCUCCCUGCUGGGAAGGCACGACAACUUGAAGUGCAGGGACAGGCAAGAGGCUACUGAAGGAAGUCACGCUCUUGUUCAACUUUGCCUCUGCCAAAUUCUUCCAUGUCCCCCUUCCAUUCGCUCAUCCAGAGUGCAACUGUCAAUCAACGGCGUCAACAAUCCACAAGCCUGGGCGGUAUCAUCCAUGCAGGAGACAAUCGCCAUUUGACCCCUUUCUCGCUCUUGAGUACACCAUCUGUGUAACAUACUCCCUACUAAUUUCUGCGCUGGGCCUGGAGUCCUCCUCCUGACUGGCUGUAUCAGGCCUUAGGACUUGCUGGCCAAUCCAACACCCUUCUCGUUUCCCAGACACCAUCAACACCAUGGAGCAGCCUUUUCCCACCGAAUUCGAUACAUCCCACGGGCGUGGUCAGAUGACCCGGAAACCAUUUGACAGCUCCCCGAACGACGGACAGUCCCCGAAUACGGAGCCAACGCUAUCGGCAGAGAAGCCAGCCAAUCCCAAGAACAUCGUUGAUUUGACUGAUAUCGAGAACGGUAAGCUUCCGCAGGUCCCGGAAGACCCUUCCACCGAGCCAGAUGCCACCAAGAGUUUCUCUUACGGCCCUCCUGUCACUGUCGUCCCCAACCGGUUUACAGCACGCUCUCCUGGAAAGCCAACCACGCCGACUGGCCUACGUGAACAGCAUAUCAAAGCCCCUCCGCAGGCUCAUAUACCCAAGUUCCCUACCAUCGAAGGGAAGCCCGGACUAACGCGGUUCUCUGGCCGCAACCGACGGAAUAGGGUCAUUCCCAACCCAUUGGACGCCCGAAGAGUAUCCCCUAUCCAGAGCUUUCGUCCCUUCCCUGAUAACGGUGACUUUCGCAACAAUGAUCCAGCUGCCCACGGGCCCAAACAACCCUCGCCACACCCCCAAUUUCAACCACACCCGUUUCCCGAUCUGCCUUCUCCCAAGGUCGCAACUGCUCAUGCGACGUAUCCUCAGCCAGCAUAUGUUGAGGACGCAGUGAGCACUGGCCAUGGUGCCGAACCUUCAAUUAUUGAUGUCACCUCACCUGUCAAGCCCAACGCAAUGGCUACCGACCCGGGAUAUGAUGAUGAAGACUACGGUUUCGAUAACAAUGCGGAGUACUACGCCGAGAUGCCUGAUCAAUAUGUUCCGCAACAUCAUCCGUUGCCGAGUGAUUUCGCAAUUUCAUCGCCGCAGGUAACACCCCAAGUGAAGAAGACAUCUAUCCAUCCUUCGGCUCCAAAGCACACCACAGGUGAUUCUCGCAGCUCUCGAGGGUCUCGCAGCCACCGACACCCGGGUGAUCGGCCGGCCCAUCGACACCGAAUGCAGCCAGCCAUCAAACCAUUUCGAAAGACGAACUCAGCAAGCAGGAAGGCAGAAACCAUGCGAAAGGUGGAUGAAUCCAUGCGGAAUGUACGUGCUCAGUCGCAUAGUUCAAACAUAUCAAGACGCAGAGAUGCACCGGACACCAGAAAGGCCCAGCAUCAACAUUUCCUUAGGUCAGAGAAAUCAUCAGCCAAGUCCGUCACAUCCAGCCCUGAGCUGAAGCAACAAACCGUUCGUGUACGCCACAAAUUUGCCAGUAACAUGGCUGAAGUGCUCAACGAGUUCAAUAUGGAUCAGGAGACUGCCUUGCUGAAGCAACGGGAACGCUACCGCGAGAAUAUCAAGUCCCUGAAGCUGGAGCUGGAGAGGGCGGCGGAGGAGUCCUCCGCUCUUGUUGCACAAAGCAUCGAGAAGUCCAAGGAGAUACAAAAUCUUCAAGCAUCUGAAGCUGAAAAAGAUGCUCGCAUUGUGGAAUUGCACACCAAGCUUGAGAACUUUGAGCAGCAAAACACAACGCUGGCAGAAAAGUUUGCUGCGUUCAAAUCUCGAUGCAACAGUAUCAUUGAAGAACAGCGAGCUCUGUACAAUGACACCAAGUCACGGUGUGAGGAGACGAUCACCGAAGUGCGCAACAUUGCAUCAGCCAGGAUAUCCGAAGCAGAGGCAGUUGCCCAGAAAGGCGAAAAAGUUCGCAAAGCGCUCAUGGAACGAGUGCAUCAGGACAUUGCUCAGAACAAGAGAGAGUCUUCCGAGCUGUACGAAAAAAUACGUACUCUAACACAACAGGUUGAAGAGAAGGAUCAUCAGAUUGCCCGCGAUCAAGAGACCAUUCGUGGCUUGUCUACCAGAAUACAAGAUAUCCAAGCUUCAUCGGAAAGGUUCGAGAAGCUUGCCGCCAAGAAUGAGGAAGUUCUCUGCAACAUUGGAGAACUGAUUACGGAGGAGUCCUCUCGACGUGAGGAAUCCGCGAAGGAAACUAAUGAGUGGUUGGAUUCCAUCUCCUGUCAGCUGGAGAAGGUAUCGCAGACAGUGGUCGACCAACCUGAACUGACGACUAGUCUGGGAGAAACACAAGCAAAAAGCCUCAACGACAUCAAUGCCAAGCUCGAAGUGAUGCUGGUAUCUCGAGAGUGUGUGAGCGAUGCCACCAGUCAGCUGUCAACUUGCAUCGAGACACAGAUAUGGAAGGUCCUGCAGCGUCUUGAUAGCCAAUUCGACACAAUGGGUCAACAACUGGCGCUCAAGGCGGAGGAGAAGGCCGUACUGUCCACCCUUCUUGAAGAGAAGAAGGCUCGUUGUGGAGCACUCGAGCAAGAGAUUGUGACCUUGCAGCAAAAGUCCAGGGAGCAAAUUGAGCGUAUCGACGCACUCCAACAGAAUAUUUCUGCCAUGGAAAGUCAGCAUGGCAAUGAUCAAGAAGAGAUUCAGCGUCUGAAGGAUAUUGGCUCCCGGCUGGAAGACGAGAAUGAAAAGUUCAGCGAUGAGGUCGAGUUAAAGACCGCCACGAUCAGAGAGCUCGAAGACAAGCUUAGGUCUAAGGGAGAGACAUACUCCGCUGAGGUACGAACAUUUGGCAUCGAAGUCUCCAAGCUCAACCAGGCCCUGCGGGAACAGGAGCACUCGAACCAAAUCACCGUCAAGCAGGUUUCGGAAGCUGCGAGGAACCAGGUCAAAGUUGAGAUGGAACGCAUAAUUGCAGACACCAGAAGGAUGCUUCAGCAGACUGAAAGACAGAGAGAUACCUUGGUUGGAGAAAUCAAGAUGUUGAAGGGGACGAUUCAGGAGAAUGAAAGCCGGCACCAGACUGCGAUCAGAAAUGCCACGGAAACUGCUCAGAGUGAAACUCGCAUUGAUAUGGAGCGCACCAUGUCGGCAGAUCAGAGGCUAUUGGCCGAGACACAAAAGCACAGGGACAAGCUGAUCACCGAGGUCAAGAAGCUGGAGGAGGCGAUUCAAGAAAGGCAACAAUCGACUCUCGAGGCCGUUCAGAAGGCAUCUGACACCGCGCGUCGCGAAGCCAAAGAUGAAAUGGAACGGGUCGUUGCCGACACGACAAAAUUCUUGGAGCAAGCCCAGCAGCACUUGGAAAAGGUUGUUCAAGAGAAGGAGCAAGAAAGGGAGCGCAACUCGCAUCUAGUGGAUUCAUUGAAAGGGAUGCUGGCAGCUGAGGAAGCUACCAAGAACAAAGUCAUUCAAGAGUCCACAGAGCGUUUGGCAGAGCGUAGUCAGCAGAUUGAGGAUCUGAAAGCUCGGGUAACUUCGCUGGAAGCUGAGAGAGAUGCAGCGAGAAAGGCAGUCGCUGAGCUAUCAAGCGAGCGUGAUCAUCAACGUGUUCGGUGCGAAGCUAUGGCUUCAGGUUUGAUGGAUUGGGCCCGGCAAUAUGGGCACCCUACGGAUGCAAUUAGAGAACAGUUUGCGCAUGGGAAGGUCGAGGAGAUCAAAGCCUGCGUCUUGCAUACACUGGCCCAGCUUGCACUCUCGCAGAGGCUAAAGGCGCUCAAUACGGAACCUUCAUCGGAGCAUUCCCAAUCACAGGACUCAUCGGGGCAGGCUGCCAUCUCUCGUCAAGAACGCCCGCGAGUGGAGGUAGAAACAGCCAACAUGGACGACAGUACCACUUUGCUUGGGAGCCCCGGAUCCCUGAGGGGAGAGAGCCCCGGCACGCUGCUGGGUGGUGCAUCUGCCACUCCUCUCUCCAGCCCAUCGAAUGAUCCUGGAUCCCAAAGGCGGCGAGUUGUUAUCCGAACCCCCAUGAGCGAACCGGACCCGGUUCCGCCAACAGUAGACCAGGAGAAGAUUCGAAGAAGGGAAGCUCUCCAACCCAAGUCAGUCUUGAGGCGCGUAACCCGAAGCGCUUCCUCUGGUAGGUUGAGCCAAGAGAACAUUGCUGGCGUUACUGAGGCUGGCACCAGUCCGGCUCCUUUGGGUAUCCAGCACAUUGUUCCAAACAUUCCGACACCAACUCGGCCAACACCGGUGGCCACCACUGUCAAGCCAGCGACAAAGCGUCUGACCAAGAGGAAGGCUCCAGCGAGCGGCGGUUCUCGAGCCACGCGAAGCAAGACGACUCCGUUAGCAGCGCCUGAUGAGCACCCCAUCUCUGCCCUAGGGGGCUCAAGAACCCUCAGUUUGGAACCAAACUCACCAGAUCAGCCACCGAAGUCAACAGGUCCUCAGCAGGGGCAAAGUGCCUUACAGGCAGCUGGCCAAACUAACAGCUCAACCCUCGGAGGACCUCAGAGACCCAGCCCAGAAGAAAGGACCCCGCUGCCAAACAGCGCCGGUUCAUGGACGUCAAGCCAGCCCCAGCCCGCAAACGCAGAAGACUAUGGCAUACGAAGGCGUCGUAGAUCAUUAUCCCCUGCACUCGAGACAGACGCAUCCGGUCUCCCUAUCUUGAGAUCGCAGCCACGAUUCUGGUCUCGACCACAAGUGCCCUCAACAGCAUCACAGCCACAAGAGCUGCAGACCUAUCGGAAUAUAGGGGAUUAUCAGGACUCGAUUAUUGAUUCGCAGGAAACGCACGAAGCCUAAAACGGUCGUGGUUGGCGAUGAGUGGGAUGUUGAGAGAAUUGCUCGCUGAGAUUUGCUCAUGAUUUGGUACUAUCUGGAAGGACGUAGGAGAGUACAUUGUUAGAUCUCCAUUUGGCAUGUUCAAGAGCACCCCUGCUUUAUCACACUAUAUGGAAAAGGAAAAGAUCAAACUAGGAGUUUAUAUGACUUACUUUUAUAGAGAUAUGUGACUGAGCUGACGGAGCUUCUGGGGGGAGUCAAUAACUAUCUUUAGCAAAGCGGUACAGAACUGCUGUUGAAAUUCAUCAAUCUCUUG